AUGGAGUGUGGUGACUUCAGUACAUUUUAUACUUUAAUGGGUCAACUCCCUAAAGUAACAUGGUUUCGUUUGGAUCUUUACAACUGGGAAGGGUUCUGGUAUGUGGGCGAUCACCUUCCUGGUGCCAUGGAUGCAAAGUCCAACUUCCAAGCAAAAGACGACGAUGUGCUUUUGACUUCUUCUGUAAAGACGGGCACCACAUGGCUCAAGGCUAUCAUCCCAUUCCCAACAAUCAUGAACCCCAAAGGUCGCAAAGAUGAUGGUAGCGAUGACCCUUCGCUCAAACACCACCCUAAUGAGCUGACGCCAUCACUGGAACUCGGUUCUUGGAGAGAGAGUAUAAAGAGGCCUGAAAUGAUAUAUUUUAUGAGAAACGAAGACAUGAAGAAGGACCCAAAGGGGGAAGUGAAGAAGCUGGCUUGUUUCCUCGGCAGGCCAUUUGAGAAGGAAGAAGAGGUGGAGAAGGUGUUGUGGAGGUGCAGCCUGGAUAGGCUUAAAAACCUGGAGGUGAACCAACAUGGAAUCGAGCCUUGGUCAGGCGUGGGAUUGUCGGGGACUGGAAGAACCACUUCACUGAUGAGAUGA